UACCAACACCUACAGUAUAAAAGUGACAGUCGGAUAGUUUUACACACAACACCCAGAAUCAACAUCCAAGAUGCUGCUCUUUCUGCUGUUGGUGACAUCAUGUGCUGCCAUUCCUCAAAAUCUUUCAGAGAAAAUGUUCACCUUCCCGCAAGAAACCAACACAGCACAUGUUAGGUUGACAACAUCAAGACAAAAUUUACAGGCUGUGACUGUCUGUUUCAGGUUCUUUACAGACCUCAAAAGAAAUCACGCCCUUUUCUCGUUGGCUCUACCCUCUUUUGAUAAUGCCUUUUUGUUUUACAAUUUGGCCAGCUUAGAUUCUUUUCAAAUGUAUGUAAGGAACACGGCCACAACUUUUGAAGGCCUGGACUUCAAGCUGAACAAGUGGCAAUCAGUUUGUGCAACAUGGGAUUCUACGUCUGGCUUGGUCCAACUGUGGGUGGAUGGAAAGCCUUCAAGCAGGAAAUUUACCAGCUCUGGAUCCAGUAUCAGUGGACCAAUUAUAAUUGCUUUAGGACAGGAUCAAGAUUCACACGGUGGUGGUUUUGAUGCCAAACAAUCAUUUGUCGGCAUGAUGUCAGAUCUCCAUAUGUGGGAUUACAAGCUUUCACCCUGUGAGAUCCGGAAAUACAUGAAUGACCGGGGCUACGCAAAAGGAAAUGUGUUGAACUGGAAUUCACUGGAUUUCCAGAUUAUAGGAAGGGUGCUGAUCGAGAAUAAACAGAAUACUUGUCAGUAAAUCAUCCUUUCUAAAAAUGUAUAUAGCACACAAUAAUUGGUAAAUUGUAUGUUAUGAACAAAAAUUACUCUAUUCUUUAUAUUUCAACAUAAUAAAUAUGUUUAAUUCAUUAGACUAAUCAUUUUGUCACAUGUUGUUAAAAUCUUUAAUACUGUUUUUUAAAUUUUAC